CAAGGAGGAGUGGAGAGGAGCCAAAUACCACUAGGACUUACUGGACACUACGCAAAGAUCCCAGGCAACUUUUCUUUACCAUCAAGACAGUUACUGGAAAUCUGUUGGAAGCUUGAGAGGGAAACUUUAACCUGUGUUCAACUCACGGCAAUAUAAUUUUCUGGACAAAGAACUUGGACAGGGAUCCAGGCCAAAAGCUAAUAAGUGUGGAAAAUGGGUCUGUGAGCUUAUAUGUAACGACUGCUGAGUGCCUUUUAGUGAGGGAACACCUCCCUGUGAAAGGACUUUCCUCGCUUCACAAUGAAGGCCAUUGCUAUGCUCUGUUUCCUGAUGGCUGCUGAGGUUCGAACGUCUCGGUUCAUUCGGGACUCCCCGACUAUGUCUGACACUUCUGAAGUCUUCAAGAAUAAUGUUUCCAUACCUCGUCUACACUCACACCCAACCAGUCCGAGGGGCUCCUUCCCACCCAUGUGCACAAAUCCCACGGAGAUUAGGCAUGCUUUCAAGUAUGUCAACACCAUUGUGUCCUGUCUGAUUUUUGUGGUCGGGAUCAUUGGCAAUUCUACACUGCUGAGAAUUAUAUACAAGAACAAGUGUAUGAGGAAUGGACCCAACGUCCUGAUUGGCAGCCUGGCACUAGGGGACCUGCUCUAUAUAAUCAUCGCAAUCCCCAUCAACGUGUAUAAGUUAAUAGCGGCGGACUGGCCAUUCGGAGUGUAUGUCUGCAAGAUGAUCCCAUUUAUCCAAAAAGCCUCAGUGGGUAUUACCGUCUUCAGCCUGUGUGCUUUAAGUGUGGAUCGCUACCAUGCAGUCACAUCAUGGAGCAGGGUGAAAGGGAUGGGCAUCCCUGUGUGGAAAGCAGUGGAGGUGACACUCAUUUGGGUAAUCGCUCUGCUGCUAGCAGUACCUGAGGCACUUGCAUUCGACAUGCUGGAGAUGCCGUACAGAGGCAACAAGUUGCGUGCGUGCCUGAUUCAUCCAGAGCAGAAAUCAAACUUUAUAAAUUUUUACCAAGACGUAAAAGACUGGUGGCUGUUUGGCAUCUACUUCUGCCUACCGCUUGCCUGCACAGGAAUCUUCUACACCCUCAUGUCCUGCGAGAUGCUAAGUCGCAAGAAAGGCAUGCGGAUUGCACUCAACGACCAUAUGAAACAGAGAAGGGAAGUGGCCAAGACAGUCUUCUGCCUCGUGUUGAUUUUUGCUUUCUGCUGGCUUCCGCUUCACCUCAGCCGUAUCCUGAUGAAAACAGUCUAUGACCAAAAUGACCCCAACCGCUGUGAACUACUCAGCUUCCUCUUGUUGAUGGAUUACAUCGGCAUCAACAUGGCUUCCCUGAACUCCUGCAUUAACCCCAUUGCUCUCUAUUUUGUGAGUCAGAAGUUCAAAAACUGCUUCCAGUCUUGCCUCUGCUGCUGGUGCUAUGGAACUUCGACACUGGAUGAACGAGGUUCUGGCCCAGGUUGGAAGGGCUCUUGCAAUGGCAAUGGACUAGAUCGCUCCAGCUCCCGCUCCAGCCAGAAAUACACGAGCUCCUCAUAAACACACAUGCACACUUAAUCUUUUAAUCUGCUUCAUUUUUUUGUAAACCCCAUGCAACUGUUUGCAAUGACAACAUAUGGGAUAGCAGAGUUACUGUAGGUAGAAGGUUUUAUGACUUGAAGACUGAACUGGACGCAAAGAAAUCCAAGGAUCAGCCCAAACUGGACUUGCAGAGGGAUGACACCAAGGCUUUCAUCAUCCCUUCACAUUUCACACCGUGGCUUCGGAGAAUGAAUAUUGCUCAGUGGACACUAAAAAGAAUUAUAAAGACACGUGAAUGUCUGUACAGGAAUAUUUCAUGCUAAAUUGCAGAUGCACAGUAACCUUGAUGUAAAAAGCUGCCAUACCAUACAAUGUUGCCCAAAGGUAUUGGCACCCCUGCAAUUCUGUCAGAUAAUGCUCAAUUUCACCCAGAAAAUGAUUGCAAUUACAAAUACUUUGGUAGUAAUAUCUUCAUUUAUUUUGCAUGCAAUAAAAAACACAAAAGAGAAUGGGGAAAAAAUUUAAAUCAUUAUCAUUUUACACAAAACUCAAAAAAUGGGCCGGACAAUAAUAUUGGCACCCUUUGAAAAAUCAUGUGAUGCUUCUCUAAUUUGUGUAAUUAACCGCACCAGUAACUUAUCUUUGGCACAUAAAAGGUGGUGGUAAUAACUAAAUCACACUUGCAGCCAGUUAAAAUGGAUUAAAGUUGACUCAACUUCUGUCCUGUGUCCUUGUGUGUACCACAUUGAGCAUGGAGAAAAGAAAGAUGGCGUCUGAAUGAAAAGGGACUCUAUGGUAGGAUACAUAGGAAGACCCCACUUCUGACCCAGAGACAUAAAAAAGCCAGGUUGGAGUUUACCAAAACUUACCUGAGAAAGCCAAAAACGUUUUGGAAGAAUGUUCUCUGGUCACAUGAGACAAAAGUACAGCUUUUUGGGAAAAAGCAUCAACAUAAGAGUUUACAUGAAAAAAAUGAGGCCUUCUAAGAAAACACGGUCCCCACAGUCAAACGUGGCGGAGUUUCCCUGAUGUUUUGGGGUUGCUUUGCUGGACUGCACUGGACUGCUUGACGGUGCGCAUGGCAUUAGGAAGUCUGAAGACUACAAACAAAUUUUGCAGCAUAAUGUAGGUCCCAGUUUGAGAAAGCUGGGCCUCCCUCAGAGGUCGUGGGUCUUCUAGCAGGACAAUGACCCAAAACAUACAAAAACAACUAGAAAAUGGUUUGACAGAAAGCACUGGAGACUUCUAAAGUUGCCAGCAAUGAGUCCAGACCUGAAUAUCACAGAACACCUUUGGAGAGACCUGAAAAUGGUAGUUUGGAGAAGGCACCCUUCAAAUCUCAGAGACAUGGAACAGUUGGCCAAAGAAGAAUGGUCUAAAAUUCCAGCAGAGCAUUAUAAGAAACUCAUUGAUGGGUACCGGAAGCGGUUGUUCGCAGUUAUUCUGUCUGAGGGUUGUGCUACCAAGUAUUAGGCCGAGGGUGCCAAUACUUUGUCCGGCCCAUUUUUGUAGUUUUGUGUAAAAUGAUAAUGAUUAAUUGUUUUCAUUCUCUUUUGUGUUUUUUCAUUGAAAGCGAAAUAAAUAAAGAUAUUACUACCAGAGCAUUUGUAAUUGCAAUCAUUGUCUGGGAGAAAUUGAGCCUUAUCUGACAGAAUUACAGGGGUGCCAAUACUUUUGGCCAGCACUGUAAGUUAAAAAACAUAACUAUGCUGAAGCUUUUUAUAACUUCCAAUAGGAAGCAAAGUGUGAAAAUAUGAUCUAUUUACUCUAGAAAUGCUAAUCAUGCUUCUUUAACCUAAAUGGAAUCACUAUCUAAAACUAGGAAGUCUUUAUGUCCAUGUGCCUUUAACAACGCAAUUUACCAGAGGAAAUGUGAUAUCACGCUGCUUGAUGUGGAGGACAACUACAGUGGUGUGGAAAAAGUGUUUUGUCCACUCAAUUAUUUAUUAUUUUUUUUUUGCAUUGUUAAACUCAAAUGUUUUCCAUUAUCAAACACGUUAGUAAAAGACAAGAUUAAAAAAAAGUGCAGUCUUUAUUCUUUGUAUUCUUUAUUUUUCCAUCAUUACUAAACAAACAUGCAACGAAUAAAGAUAAAAGAUCUCAUGAGGGGACCAACCGCUUUUUCCACACAACUGUAUUUGAAUGUACCAGAUAAUAGUCAUUUUGUGACAGAAAUGGCUAAAAUAAUUAUUCAAGCCCUGUUUGUUUAAACUGUUUAUGAAAUGGUAUCUUACGACAGUGUCUGUUGCAAGGCAAAAUUUGUUAAAAUGGUCCUCAUGUGGUGAGCGGCCACUGCAUUGUUGCUGUCACUGUGACUGCCUGGUUGCCCCGUAAGUCACAGCAGGAAAUCACUUCAAAGAAACCAAUUUAUAAGCUCUUUUUAAUGAGUUGCGAAGGACUGCGAUUUAUUUUUAAGAAACACUUUUUCGCUCAUGUUUAUACAUCUUUAUGGAGCAUAUUUUUCUAUAUUCGUCAUACUAUAAAAUAUAUUGUGUGGACUGGAAGUCAUGUUUUAAAGACUUACUAAAUAGCCGUAGCAAGAGUGUCCUGAACCCUAUGGACAAAGUAGGUAGAAGACAUGGAUGGUACACAUCAAUGAAAUGCAAAUGUGAUAAAAGUGCCGACACUUCUACAAGAUAUUGGAGUCGUCUGUGGUUUUUUUUGUUUUGUUUUUUUGUCCAGAUUUGAUAUCAUGAUGUCAGUGUUUGAUGGUAGCAUCCGAAGUGGACUUGUGAGAGAAAAGUUCUCCCACACUCAUCUAAUUAUGUCUUUAUUUACCUUCUUUGUGCACUGCAUUGUUGGACGAUAAGAAGCGCCUUUGCCCAGCUGUUACAAAAAGUUUAGCAGCAUUUUUAGAAGAACAAAUGACUGUGGUUCAAUCCCUGAUUGGAUAAUUGUGCUAAGCAGGUGCUAACUUCCGUGCAUUUAAAAAUAGAAGCUACUCUAUUAAACGUGACAUAAAUUCA